AUGCUCAACAUACUCUACGUCGUUCUCCUCACUUCUGCGGCAGUCUUCGCGUCACAACGAAUUUCCUUCGACAACGCGGUAAUGAUCUUUGCCAGAAUGAAUUAUAUCGCAACCCACAAUGCUGCUCCGUUGAACUCUCUGGAGCAGCAAUGGAAUGCAACCUACUCAGUGGACCAGCCAGCGACUCAGAGAGCUUUAAAGGCUCAUGUGAAAUUGAGGGCAAACAGGCCUCAUGUUGUGCAGUUGCCUCGACUUCGGAAGAAGAACCCCAGUGUGAACCCGUAG